AUGUCAACGACAGAGACUAUUCAAGUACAUGAAAGCACGGCCAAGAAAGAGAACUCAACGCCUUCAUCUUCCAGCAUAAACAUACCUGACGUAGUUCAUAACGACCCUCCCAAAAAAACUGCGUUUCAAAAGUUUAAAUCGACUGCCUAUUCUAUUUUUUUACGUUACUGGUUCCUGUUAGGCCUUGGUAUUGUCAUUGGACUUGCAUGGGCCUUUCCUCAGGUCGGAAAAGCUAACGGUUCGAUCCAAGCUCAGUAUACUGUCAAAUGGGGAGCGGUCAUUGUGAUCUUCUUACUGUCAGGACUAGGAUUAGAAGUGAGUGUGAUGCUGAGAACAAUUCUUCGCUGGCGACUCCAUUUGGUUGUUCAAGUCAUCAACUUUAUCUUGCUUCCCUUCCUGAUGUAUGGCAUCGUGCGAUUCUUUAUUGCAGUGCACGCCAAUUUGUCUGAUACAGUCUAUAAGGGCUGGAUGAUCGCAUUAGCGACAACGCUGUUCAAUGCUGCAUUAGGCAAUGUACUUGGUAUCUUUGUCUCACCUGGACUGAUGACAGCAUUUCAAAAUGACGAAAUCGUGUUUCAGCCAGGCACUGCUCGUGGAAACCCUGAUUACGUCAAUGUACUCAAGACACUAGGACUGACUGUGCUAGCACCACUGGUAGUUGGACAGUUCAUUCGUUUCUUAUUCCCUAAACAAAUCAAAUACAUUGCAGCCAAAUGCCGAUUUCCGAUCAUCAACAGUCUGGCGCUGCUCUGUCUCGUGUGGUCUGUCUUUUGUGAUGGUGUGGCCAGUGAUGCGUUCCACAGGACAAGUGGUGUCGAUAUUGUGGCUAUUAUCUUUGUGGACAUCUUUAUGUAUCUUUUUGGAUGCGCUACUUGUAUCUAUAUCGCUCGUUUGCCUUGGCCCACUAAAAAUGAACCCAAAUGGGUCUCAAAAUGGCGUUUUAGUAGAAAGGACACAGUGGCCAUCAUGUACUGUGGAGCCACCAAGACAGUGUCAAUGGGUAUCCCAUUGAUCAAUGUGCUAUAUGCCAAUACAAGUUAUGGUAUCGUUGGUCUCUUAUCUCUUCCUUUGCUCAUGUAUCAUAUCUGCCAACUUUUCUUGGGUAAUUUCCAAGUGGCACUUCUCAAGAAAUGGGUCGAAGAAGACGAAAAGGAUACCAUGUCUCACCCUGAUGAUACCAAUGAACAAGUAUUACCCAGUACAGAUACUUCGGCCAUGUCCACGCUGAGAAAGAGAAAUCAUGCGUAG